AUGUCAGUAUCGUAAGAACAAAAGAUAACAUCAACCCCCACUCUCAAGGAGGAACAAAUCCCCUAAAAAAGGCAGUCCCAAAUAUCAAAUUUACUCAGGAGAAAAGAUUUUAGAUCAGUUGUGAAAAUUUUACAAACUGAUAACAAGUCGAGGUUAGGCCAUAUUCCUUUACUUUAGAACAAACUAUCAAAAGCUGAAAUACUAAAACUAAAUAUAUCAUGUUGGUUAAAAUCUUUGCAUAAGCGGAGACAACAGAUCUAUUUAUGUGGCUAAACUCAUUAAGAUUGUUAAACUGUACGAUGAUGAAGAUAAUUGCUUACCUUUCAUCAAAGUACGAUGGUUUUGCAGGAAGACUGAGCUGGCGGGAUUAUCGAAGGAUUGUUUAGAUUGCAUUUCUGAGAAUGAAGUCUUUAAAACAAAUGAAUUUGACUAUAUAGAAAUAGAGAGCAUCGUAGGACUAGCUACCAUUUUAAGUUUCGAAGAAUAUGAUCAAAUAGAAGAGCUAUAUGAUAAUGUGUUCUUUACGAGAGCUCAAUAUGUAAAUGAAAAGUUAUUGCCUCCUUUCUAACAAUGGAAAAAGGUUUGUAUUUGUAAGAAACCAGCUAAUCCUGAUUUAAAGUAACCAUACAUUAUGAAGAUAGGUAUAUUUUCUGCGAUCUGUGCUAAAGAUGGUUUCAUUUGAAAUGCAUAGGAUUAAGUUAGGAUCAAGCAGAGAAAAUAAAUAAAUAUAUAUGUCCUGAAUGUAAGAACUGA